AUGCCUCUUACAUCGGUGACAUCGCUCCCACCCCGGCAGCCGAAUGGCUACACGCCCGACCACCACGUCGACACCCCACCAAUGAGCUUCAAGAACCCAUGGCCAUCGUACAGAAACGACGGCAUAGUAGCUGCGAUACGCACGCGAUUUACUACGCCCAAGAACUUUGUGCCUGUGCCCGCCGACCGCCUCGGCCUGGUCAACAUACGCAAACCCGACUUCAGCACCACGACGACAACGGGGCUGAAAGCAACAUGGAUCGGACACGCCAGCUUCCUUAUAGAAACACCUGCUCCAGUGGGUAGUCGACGCGGAAUGCGCAUCCUACUUGAUCCUGUGUGGAGUGAGCGCGUGGGACCAUAUGGGUUAGUUGGUCCAGUACGGUUUACAUCGCCGCCAUGUUCGAUUGACGAGUUACCUGAAAUCGACGCCGUAUGUAUAAGCCACGACCACUACGACCACCUCGACUCGGAUACGCUGCGCAAGCUCAACGCGAAGCAAAAGGGGGAUUUGCGCUUCUUCUGCGGGCUGGGCGUCAAGGACGUGAUGAUGGGUCUAGGGGCGGGAAUUCAUGACGACCAAGUCGACGAGCUGGAUUGGUGGGAUGGCAUCACUGUGUUUAAAUCUGGGGUAGGUGGUGUGGAAUUGAUUUGCACGCCCGCUCAACACCGGUCUGGUCGUGCGCCGUGGAACUUUGAUGGGACGCUGUGGUGUAGCUGGAUCGUCAAGGAGCCCUCGUCGUCUGCUUCGGGUGGUAAGAGACUCUUCUUCGCAGGUGACACGGGAUACUGCCACGUCACUUCCGACGACCAGUUCUCCCACCACGCUGCCCCACACCCACCCUGUCCAGCGUUCAAGCAAAUAGGCGACUUGUACGGUCCGUUUGAUCUCGCUCUCUUGCCUGUUGGGUGCUUCAAGCCGCGUUCCGUGCUCUCGGGACAGCACUCUAGUCCAGAGGAUUCGCUGGCGAUACAUAGGGAUGUGCGGAGUAGGAAGAGUAUAGGUAUGCAUUUUGGCACUUUUCGAGGCGCUUAUUCGGCAAAUUAUGAGCCGGUUACUGAGCCGGCUGAGCGGUGGCGGAGGGGUGCUGAGAAGGAGGGUUUGAGGUGGGGGGGUUGA